UGAUCAGGUACCCACAGCCCACUACUAAUUCCCGCUAACACCAACACUAAACACUGCCACUUUCCUCUACCAGGUACAAGUAGGUAUCCAGGCACGCCAGGUAUUGUACACAGUACACCAGUAAUUACCAAUAGAUACCAGUACUUACUCGUACCCACAUCCAAGUCUUUUCACACAGCCGCGUAUUCCCAGAUACGUUGUACGAGUCCAUCUCCCGACUUGUACUUGUAUGUACAGGUAAUUAUUCAAGCGAAGCGAACUGUUCGAUAUCCUAAGAUCUCGCACCGCAUAACACGAUCGAUACAACAUGAUAAAACAUCGCAUGGUUUCAUAGUACAGCAUGAUCUCGCGAUACAUAGGCGCGGGGAGGAUACAUGCAUAACAACAAGUGAAAAAUGCGACUGAUAGACCGAGAACCUACUGCACCGUCUGUCUCCCUGAGUCCCUUUGCAUCGACAGACGAAAGCAACCAACAAACCCUGCGUGCGUGGCCAGGCGCCCGAUAUAGAAUGGAGAUCAUCUACUUUUGCCCGCCCGACUCCUUGGUGCAUCCUGUCAUCCUCCCCUUUUGGUUCUCCACCCGUACUCGUACCUUGCCCUUUUUCCCACCCUUCCCGGCAAGCAAACCAUCGUUCCAUUCUGCGUGGAUCAUUGAUAAUCACUUGCAAUUGAUAAUACUGUAUCUAGACGGUCAAUCGAGCAACUCUACCUACCCUACCUUCAUGAUCGCUCGUUCUACUGCCACUACUCCGUGCGACAUUGGAGACAGCGUACAACAAAACACACAGCAUGCACCACGAAGAUACCUACAGCAACCUCACAGCAUUCUUGCAUUCCCCAAACGCAGCCGGCGCUCCGGGCUUUCUCUCCCUAUCUUCUGUGUAUCUGCCCUUUGGCCCCCUCUCACCCCUCCAACCCUCCCACCUCCAACCCCCGUCACUGGGAGCAAUGAAGGAGGAAUCCUCGCAAGCGGCGAAUUCUCCAUACCUUCUCCCGCCUCCCACCAGGACCAUUCUUGAAUCCUUUCCCUUCAAACGUGCUGAGUAUGUACGGGAUACGUACCGCAUAGUAAGAGGUAUAGCACCAAUAUUCCAUCGGGAUUCAU